AUGUCAUGGAUCUAUCAGCUUCUCCUUCUGGCAAAACAGUAUCCAUUGCUUCAUUUCUUCCAUUCUUUCGCUAAACCAGUUGAAUCCUACACUGCAAGUUUCCAUGAGGGAACCGACGGUUUCCCAUGCUCCAAGCAAUCGUACUUCUACCUUGCAAAUAGUGACGGGAGAUCCCGACCACAAACCACAAGUUUGGUAGACAUGAAUCGAUCGGAUCGGCCGUGCACUUUGAAUUCGGCAAAAUGCUCUGUGUAA